UUUCUCUGCCACUCUCGUCUUCUUUGCCAGCUUCGCUGUCCGAUGAGACCGCGAUGACUCCCGAUGCGGAGAACGCCGUGAUCAGUCCCAUCCUGCCCUUCCUGUUUCUGGGGAACGAGAGAGACGCCCAGGACCUGGACCUGCUGCUGCGCCUCAACAUCGGCUACGUGGUUAACGUGACCACACACCUGCCCCUCUACCACGUCAACUCUGGACUGCGCUACAAAAGGCUGCCAGCCACUGAUAACAGCAAGCAAAACCUUCGACAAUACUUUGAGGAGGUUUUUGAGUUCAUUGAGGAGGCAUAUCAAAGUGGACAGGGAGUGUUGGUGCACUGCCAGGCAGGCGUUUCCCGUUCUGCAACCAUUGUCAUCGCGUACCUUAUGAAGCACACCCUCAUGACAAUGACGGAUGCCUACAAAUACGUGCGGAGCCGUCGUCCAGUAGUGUCCCCGAAUCUAAACUUCAUGGGCCAGCUUUUGGAGUUUGAGAGGGACCUCAACUCCGGAGUGACCCCUCGUAUCCUGAUGCCUAAACUGAGUGGCGUGGAGACGCAGGUGUGAGGAAGGUCAGGGGUCAGGAGCGUGUAGGGUUACUGCAAAUAAAGAAGAGAUUAUAGUGGCAUUCAUGAGCGACACAGAAAGAGUGCAGCACAUUGUAGAAGAGAGACAUGAUGAGAGAUAUUACAAAUGGAAAAUGGUGGUGUGUUUGGCAAUUAGUGCACUUCUAAUACUGUGAAACAUGAGACAAAAGACCGGAUGCUUCAUUUGUUUAAGUAGUAACUCUUAGACAAAAUGAUUAUCAUCCAGCAUACUGUUUAUAAGAUAAUGUGCCAAUAUUUUGUAUAGACGUAACAUCGCUCUCAGAUAUCUCAUUUCUUUUUUUUGAUGCCUCUUCCUUUUUUGUUCCCAGUGUUUACAUUCACACAGAAAUACAAUGACUUUGUUGCCAUUAAUCAUUAAUGCAUGCAGAAUGGGUUUAACAAACAUUGAAAAGGUUUACUGGCCCUACUUCCUCUACAACACCACUCUGAUGUUUCCACCACAUGUAGCAACACACAGGCUAUUACAAUGCACUUUACUGCCCAUGCUUUUGUUUCUUAUCACUAACUGAACUAGGUUACAAGGUUGAGAAGAAUUUCUUUACACAGACCUCAGUCACUGUAUUUGGUUAAUAUUAUCAUGUAUAUGGGUUUUUCCUAUUUGUAAACUGUGCAAUAGAGUAACACGGACCGAGCAGGGACGUGAGUAGCAUUAACUUGGAAAACCUAUCGCAAAAGGGACAAACACCUCAUGGAAAUGUGUAAGAAUGGAUUUAUUUCUGUGAA